AUGCGGAGUUUCAUAUAUCUAUCUAUCUAUCUAUCUAUCUAUCUAUCUAUCUAUCUAUCUAUCUAUCUAUCUAUCUCAGUCUACUGCAAUAUUCUUCUUCUUCUUCUUCUUCUUCCUUCUCCUCCUCAUUCUUCCUCCUCCUUCUUAUCUUCCUCCUCUUCCUUCUUAUUCUUCCUCCUCCUCCUCCUCCUUAUCCACCUCUUUCUUCUUCCUCUUCCUCACCCUCCUCCUACCUCUUCUUUUUCUUCCUACUCCUCCUUUAACCCCCUCUUCCUCCUUCUUCUUCCUUCUCCUCCUCCCUCUUCUUAUUCUCUUUCUUCCUCCUCCUCCUUCCUCCUCCUUCCUCCUCCUCCUCCUCCUUCUUCUUCUUCUUUCAUCUUCUUUUUCCUCUUUCAUCUUGAAAUUUUCUGUUUGUUGAUGAGUUAUUUUUUACUUUCUUUCUUUCAUUCUUUCUUUCUUUCUUUCUUUCUUUCUUCAAUCCCCCUCUCUUUACUGAAUACAAACCCGUUCUCACUUCUCCCACUCACACACGCUCUCGUUCACGUUCAUUUUCUCUUCCACUUUUUAAAAAGCCUCUUUCUCCGACUGUAUUUACUUUCUAUCUGCAAUAACAAUCUCAUUCCACCACAUUUGAUCUUUAUUUCUUUUUUUCUUUCUUUCUUUCUUUCUUUCUUUCUUUCUUUCUUUCUUUCUUACUCUUUUUCACUUCUUUCGUUCUCCUUUUCACGUAUUUCUUUCUCUCUUUUUCUUUCUUUCUCCUUUCGACUACUUUCUUUCUUUCAAACUUACUAUUUUUCACUUCUUUCUCCUUUUGACUUCUCUCUUUCUUUCCUUCUUUCCUUCUUUCUUUCUUUCUACUAUAAUCAUUUUCGCUUCUUUCUUUCAACAUUAAUCGUUUUCUUUCUUUCUUUCUUUCUUUCUUUCCACCUUAAUUUUUACUUUCUUUCUACCUUACUUCUUUUCAAUUUUCUUUCUUUCUUUCUUUCUUUCUUUCUUUCUUUCCAACUUAAUUUUUACUUUCUUUCUACCUUACUUCUUUUCAAUUUUCUUUCUUUCUUUCUUUCUUUCUUUCUUUCUUUCUUUCCACCUUAA